CUGACGGUUGGUGGCGACCUGUAGUAUUAAGAAGCGGCUUUUUAACGGCGCGCUUCACAUUUCGGGUGCGUAGUUGUUGUUGUUGUUUUUUUUUUGCAUUGUUAGAUAUAAAAAGGAAAGAAAAAGAUAGUCUACGAAAAGAACAGAGAAUCUAGUGUUUGUUUUCGUAUUAAGAAAACAAGCAAUUGGUAAACGAUCAAAAACAUUGAUCUAAAACAUUAAGGAAACUGUCAGAUCUGUACAGCACUACGUUUCCCAUAAGGACUCUUCCUCCUCACUUUGAAGAGCUUAUAUUUCAGAGAUUAUCAUUUUUAAGCUGUCCAGAGAUUUGUUCACUAUAAAGAAGCUCUGCAUCGUUCAUCUCCACCCAGCCGUGACAAAAAAGAUAGCCGAAUAACAAGGGUGCAUUGACAUUUUCUUAAAAGUAUCCUUCGAUUCUGAUUGGUUGACUGCAAUGUUCCACCUGAGAUGGUCUUCACUGCAGAGCACGAGAUCCAGGGGUGAGGACACUUUGCAAAGAAACUAAAGAAAACAUCCUGCACCGUUUUAAAUCUGAAAGAGCACCGUUUAAAAAGCUGAAGCGUCUUUAAAAAGAAAGAGUCGACUCUGAAUCGUUCAAAAGAGUUUCUUAAAUGAGUCCCAAGAGGUUUCACGUUGACGUCAAAAUGACACAUUAGCAUAUUGCCCGCCCCCUUGUUGCUCCAAAAUUCAUUAAAUGCCGCUAGACGCUGCAUUUGUUUCGCUGCUUUAAAGAUCGAGAUUGGUGGGGUUUGGAAAAAUUAAUUUGGCAGUCGUUGAACAAAUAGUGUAAAAAUAAAUGAGCUCGAAUGCAAUGAAAACGGGUUAUUUUGUUGCAGAGUUUCAUGCAACUCAUAGGCUAUAGUUGUGUUUAAUUCUCUGUGAAUGUAGCCCUGCCCACAUCUCUCUCUCUCUCUCUCUCUCUCUCUCUCUCUCUCUCUCUCUCUCUCUCUCUCUCUCGAGGUGGAGAUAUGAUUCAAACACUCACACUCGGGUUUUCUUCAGUAUUCUUAAAGCUGACCAGCUCCAUCAUUCUAGACGGGAAAUCGCCUUCGGUCUGUUUGCAUUCCCCAUGUUUCUUGUUCAGGUCCAUCGCUCCUGAUGGGGACUCUCAGAGACCUCCAGUUCGCACUUCAGCUGAAGAUCGAGGAGUUGCGGCAGAGAGAUGCUCUCAUCGACGAGCUGGAGCUGGAGCUGGACGCUAAAGAUGAUCUGAUCCGCCGCCUGCAGGGGGAGCUCGACCGUCUGCGGCUCUCCGCCCCGGGCGCCUCGGCAGCCGGUCAACAACGUGCUUCUUCCCUGAGAGUGAGGAGAAAAGCGCUGCUGACAGAACCAGUUACCUUGGAGCCCAAACUAGUCUUGCAAAACCCACCAAUCAGCCACAGCAAGAGUCAAGAGUCACAGCGGCUGAUAGAAGCGGCUCUGGCAGAAAAUGAGUGUAUGAAAUAUCUAGACGGGGAUCAGAUGCGGUGUUUGGUGGAUUCUGCCUGUCCCCUGACGCUCAAACAGGGUGUGAGUGUUGUCCAGGAAGGGGAUGAUGGGACCCAGGCAUAUAUAGUUGAAGAGGGAAAGCUGGAGGCAUCCAGGGCUGGCCAGAGGCUGCACAUCAUUGAGCCGGGGAUGAUGUUUGAAGAACUGGCCCUCGUUUAUAACCACACCUGCUCCGCUACUGUCACAGCUCUGGUGAACAGCAGGUUGUGGGUGAUGGAGGGUCAGGUGUUUCAGAGGAUCAUGCAGAGGAACGGCCUCAUCGCUAUCACACAGUCUCUGCACUUCCUGCGCAGUGUGCCACUGCUCUGUGUGUUUCCAGAGGAUGUUCUUGCGAAAGUGUCUGAUUCACUGGAGGAGUCUCACUACAAUGAUGGUGAUUAUAUCAUUCGAAAUGGAAAUCCAGGAGAUAAACUGUACAUUCUGAGUCAAGGCCAGGUGAAAGUAUUAGAGAAGCACUCGGCCAGUGAGGAAAGCAUGACGGUGUCUGUCCUCACCAGAGGGGAUUGUUUUGGAGAGAGAGGAGACGACGCGAGGUCGAUGAGCGCUCUUGCCGCAGGCGAUGUGACAUGUCUGGUCGUAGACAGAGAGGUUUUCAAAAAAGUAACUGGAGGUUCGGAUGAUGCCAGGAAAAAUCCUAGCAACAAGGCCAGAUCGAAGGCAGACGAAGAUGGUUCUGUGUUUGGAGAAACGUCUCUCGGCAGUUUUCAGAUGCUGUUUAAUCUUGGAGAAGGACAGUACGGUCACACUCAGCUCGUCCAUUUGAAGAGCGACUCCAACUGUAAGUUUGCAUUGAAGACCAUUAGAAAGCAGGCCCUACAGAGCCCAGGCCAAAGAGAGAGGAUCCUUGCAGAGAAACACAUCCUGAUGGAUCUCCAGAGUCCAUUUAUAGUGAGGUUGCAUUGUACGUAUAAAGAUGCUCGGUGCCUAUAUAUGCUGAUGGAGGCUUGUGAAGGUGGAGAUCUGUGGAAUUUACUGAGAGAGAGGGGGUCGCUGGAAGAAGAUGCCGUUUGCUUCUACGCAGCGUGUGUGCUGGAAGCUCUAAGUGUACUACACGCCAAAGACAUUGUUCACAGAGACCUGAAACCUGAAAAUGUGCUCCUGGACCAGCGAGGAUACGCUAAACUGACGGGGUUUGGUUGUGCUAAGAAGCUGGGCUCUUUGCGCAGAGCCUGGUCGUUCUGCGGGUCUGUGGGUUAUCAGCCUCCAGAGGUCAUUCUGCAUCAAGGUCACGGCCUGUCCACAGAUCUCUGGGCUCUAGGGAUGCUGCUGUAUGAAUUGCUCAAUGGCAGUCCCCUGUUCUCCGGCUCGGAGCAGCUGAAGGUUUAUACGGCAUCUCUGAAGGGAAUAGAUGAGCUAGAGCUCCCAAAAACCAUCAGCAGGACUGCAGCACAUCUCAUCAAGAGCCUCUGCAGGCUAAACUCCUCAGAGAGACUGGGUCUGAGGAACGGGGUCAAGGACGUCCGCAAACACAUGUGGUUUGAAAGCUUCGACUGGGAAGGACUUCAGAAGGGCACACUGACUCCACCAGUGAUACCAAACCUUCCCUGUGUCUCUGAUCACGGAGGACCAGCGCUCCCGCCGGAAACACACAGCGAAGCAGCACCACUGGAGGAUUCGGACUGGGACGCAGACUUCUGAUCCGUACAGCGGGGAUACUGACCAAGUAAACUGGGCAAAGAAAUAAUGGACCCUGGUGUUGAUCUUGCAUUGACUUUGCAGUCUUUUCAUUUGUUACUUUUGAGUUGCAUUGCACUUCAAAUGUCGCUCUAAAAAAUGCAAAUGUACAUCAUUUCUAUUACAUUCCUUUUUUAAAUGAAAGCUUAUUUGUGUCAGAAUAAAAAUAUACAAAUAGCA